AAUAAGAGCCAUUUAUUAAAUCAAUAAGAGAAAUAUUUUAGGUCCUCCUGACGUCAGCCUCUGGCCUUAUUGGUGUAGAAAUGAGCCCACCCGUCCCCGCUAUUCCCAAGUGGUCCACGGAAUGGGGGGGACGACUAAUCGGAGAAGGCCACCAGGUAGGACCCAACACGUGGCAGCCCCUGGUGAUCCCCUAACGAAUUCGAUCUAAUCAUUACCGUUGGAUUGUUCAGGUUUCGCAGAGACGGUGCAUUGUGAUCACCCCAAUAACAAAUUAAAAUUUUAAAUUAAAAAAAGUAAAAUAAAAAGGGAAUUUCCCCACUUGGUAAGCCCCCCGGGGCCCCAACCUUCGUUGCUCACUUCUCCCCCAUUUUACUAAUCAUAACCUCUGACUCUGUUUUAUUGCACUUCCUUGUGUUCCCAGCAAUUCAAUUUCCAGGCUCCUUCCGUUAUAUCUCUGUGAUUUCCCUAUUCGUUGCCGGUUUUCUCCAUUCUCUUUCCGGUUUCUUCAAAUGACGUCGUCUCAGGAGCAUGAGAUGGAUCAAGACGACGAUGGCGGAACUUCCGACCUCAGCACCAGCGCCGGCGAUCCUCGGGCCAUCAAUACCGACAAAAACAAUGGACUUUCGAAAGAGCCUGUCUCGGACGAUCCCAUGGCUUUCCAGGCCUUGCCGUUGAAGGAGGAGCCCGUUGAUUCGGACCCGCCGUCAGACCAGGAACAAAAGACGCAGCCUUCCUCGUCGGCUCCGAUUGGAGUCGUUCCUGUGGCGAUGCAGAUGCAAAUGCCCCUAACUAUGUCCAUGCCCAUGCCGGUCGCUACCACGAGACGCUCCUCCACCAAGGACCGUCACACGAAGGUGGAAGGCCGCGGGCGUAGGAUCCGAAUACCCGCCACUUGCGCGGCUCGGAUCUUUCAGCUGACUCGGGAGCUAGGUCAUAAGUCUGAUGGCGAAACCGUGCGGUGGCUCCUCGAACACGCGGAGCAGGCCAUCAUCGAGGCCACCGGCACAGGCACCGUCCCAGCCAUCGCCGUCUCCGUCGGGGGAACUCUGAAGAUUCCUACAACGUCUGGCGCAAACAGCAAUCCGGACUCCGAACUCAGGAAGAAGCGAAAAAGGCCGUCGAAUAGUGAGUUUGUGGACGUGAGUGAAGCCGCCUCACAAUCGUCCGGUUUGGCCCCGGUUCAAUCGGCUCUUCCGCAAGGCCUUGUGCCUGUGUGGGCAGUGGGCAACACUAAUAUGAUGAUCCCGGCGAACGCCUUUUGGAUGAUCCCUCCGGCGACAACGACGACGCCAGUAGGUGGAAGUCCAGGAUCGUCAAACCAACAACCUCAGAUAUGGACUCUGUCGCCGACGGUGACGCCCGUAUUCAACAUGGCCGCCAGACCCGCAUCGUCUUUGGUGGCAGCAACAAAUACCUCGAGCGGCAUAGAAGUCUCGCCGGUGGGAUGCAACAAUUCGUCCAACACAGCGGCGGUGAGCACGAGCACGGUGGGGCCAACGGCGGCGAAGAAAUCGACGAUGGCACCGAGCAGUUGUAGCGGGGCGACGGGCAGUAGUAGUAGCAGCGGCAGCAAGGCGCAUAUGUUGAGGGAUUUUUCAUUGGAGAUUUACGAUAAGCAAGAGUUGCAGCUGAUGGGGCGGUCAGGAGGGAACAAGCAAGCGUGAACUUCAAACGAAGGAGACCGCUUGUCCACAAACAGAAAAGCUGUCGAAAUAGAGAAUAAUAAAUGUGAUUAGAUUUAGAAAGCCUUUUCUUUUUAUUCUAAUGUCGUCUGUACUUGGAACUUUCAAUGAAUGAAGCCAGCAAUUUUGACAUUGGAGCAGGU